CGAUCAGUUCCUGCGUUUCGUCCCGUCUAUCACCGCCCUCCAAUCCCGUUGGCUUGCUCCAUAGGGGACUGGUCGAUCGUUUCGAGAAGACAUGUCUUCCCGCCACCGCUCAGACCGAGGCCGGCCUCUCGGGGAGUCCCCAACGGGCCAGCGCCGCCCCUGACCCUUAUUGCCUUUCCUUUGUCGGGAGACCCUGGGAACCGUCCUGCUCACCUUGCCUCCCACCAGAUAAAUAAUAUUUCGGCUCUAUAUUCCGUGCCUUUGCUCGACUUCCUUCCUCUCCGACCACCGAUUCCGUUUGCCAAAUUCGCUCCUUCACCCCCCCUGUCCGCCUCCCCAAGACACUCGCUGGGUACCAUUCACCGCCCUUUCCUGAGCGUGUUGCCGCCGCCCGUCGCCCGCCAUGCACGGGUACUCGUCGUCGUCGGAGUCGGACGAUGAAUACAACUACCGGAAACACAAGGGGACCGUACCCGCGACCACCAACGCCAACGAUGCCAACAAGAAGAAGAAGAAGCGCAAGCUGCCGCCGCAGCAGAGCAUCAACCGCAUCUGGAAGCGCUUCAGCAACAAGCGGUUCAACAAGGCCCUCUCCGUCUUGCCCUUCGACCCGGUCCUGCCUCCCAUAAUCUCGGACCGGUCCAACGAGCUGGUAAACGCCGGUUACGAGCGCGCCGUGGAAGAAUGCCGGCGCAAAGUCCGAAAGAUCAUCCAAGAAUGCCGGAGAGUGAAUACACGAUACCGAGACCCGGGCUGGGACCUGGACUGGGACCUCAAGAUGGAAAAGGGCCAUUGUCUCAACAGCCUCGGCCGGACCAAGUUUGAUCUCAGCAUGUCGACGCUGAUGAACCCGAGCGCCGUCGUGCCAAAGGCGGUCAAGCGCGUUCACGAGAUCUACGAGAAGCCGACUUUCCUCGAAAACAUCAGCGGCAACGACGUCAAGCAAGGGAGCCUCGGUGACUGCUGGCUGAUGGCCAGCCUCUCGGGUCUGUGCAACGUCAAGGAUGGCAUCAAACGCAUGUGUGUCGAGCACGACACCCGGAUCGGCAUCUACGGGUUCGUCUUUUAUCGAGACGGAGAGUGGAUCUACUCGAUCGUUGACGACAAGCUCUUCCUCAAGUCGCCGUGUUGGGACUCGCCGAGCAUGCAGCGCGACCUACUGCAGCAGAUCGACCGCGAGGACGUCGAGCGCGUGUACCGCAAGACAUAUCAGACAGGCUCCAAGGCGCUGUUCUUUGCGCAGUGCAAGGAUCAGAACGAGACCUGGGUGCCCCUGGUCCAAAAGGCCUACGCCAAAGCCCACGGCGACUAUGCUUGCCUGGCUGGCGGCUGGAUCGGCGAGGGUCUGGAAGAUCUCUCUGGUGGCGUCACAACCGAGCUUCUCGCCUCUGACAUCCUCGACUUGGAUGGGUUCUGGGACGCCGAGCUCAGCAAGGUCAAUGAAGAGUUUCUGUUUGGUUGCAGCACGGGCCUCCUCGACGGCGGCUAUGGUGACCGCGACGGCAUCGAGGAAGGCCACGCCUACGUCGUCAUGGAGGCGCGGACCCUCAAGAGCGGCACCCGUCUCGUCAAGCUCAGGAACCCGUGGGGCAAGACCAAGAAGGGCAUCUGGGAGGGUGCCUGGUCCGACGGGUCCAAAGAGUGGACGACCGAGGCGCAGGAGGAGCUCGGCCACCAGUUCGGCAGCGACAGCGUCUUCUGGAUCUCGUACGAGGACCUGCUGCGAAAGUACCAGCACUUUGACCGCACUCGCCUGUUCCGCGACCCCGACUGGCGCUGCUGCCAGCGGUGGAUCGGCGUCGACGUAUCGUGGAAGCCGCAAUACCACGAAAAGUUCCACAUCAAGUUGACGCGUGAGGGGCCGCUGGUCAUCGUGCUGAGCCAGCUCGACAACCGGUACUUCAAGGGCCUCCACGGCCAGUACUCGUUCCGCCUCCACUUCCGCAUCCACGAGCAGGACCGGCCGGAUCCCGAGGACUAUAUCGUUCGCAGCCACGGCAACUACCUUAUGCACCGGUCCGUGACCAUCGAGCUGCCGUGCAUGCUUCCCGGCACCUACAGCGUAUUCAUCAGCGUCGCCGGUGAACGCAACACCGAUGUGCCCAGCAUUGAGGACGUCGUCAAGCGCGAGUGCAAAAAGCGGGUCGAGAACGAGAAGUUCGCCCAAGUCGGGUACGCCUAUGACCUCGCCCACAGCAAGGCCGCGGCCCACAUCGAGGCUGUCAAGAAGGCGCGCAAGAGGGCCGACCAGAAGAAGGCCAGCAACGCACGCCAAACGGAGCGUCACCGCCUGUGGGAGAAGCGGCACCUCAACCGCCAGAUCACCAAGAAGCAGGGCCGCAAGAACAACCAGAAGCUCGAGGCCAAGCAGGCAGCCCGCGAGGAGAAGAGGCGCAAGGCCGAGGGGCUGAAGCCCAAGGACCAGGGCGUGCAGACCGAUGAGGUCAAGGAGCAGCCUGUCGAGGCUAAGCCGGAAGACAAGAAGGCCGAAGAGGGUGCCGACAAGACCAAAGAGCCACCCAAGGUAGAAGCCAAGGCCGAGGACAAGACUGACGACAAGACAACUGGAAAGGAACCCAAGGUUGACUCCGAGCCGAAGAAAGAAGAAGCCCAGGCCGCCAACAACGCAGACGACGAGUCGUCGCCCGACGGCACGCCGAUCGCCACACCUCUCGAGACUCCUACGACCGAGAAUGGUUCGCAGCUGUCUAUCAACUCGGGAGAGGCCCCGAAAGACGGGACGCCCAAGGAUGCCUCCGCCGAAGAGGGGAAAUCGGAGGACAAGUCUGAGGACAAGUCUGAGGACAAGCCCGCGUCCACGACUAGCUCCUCCACCGGCACCCCCACUCCUACUCCCAAGAGCGGUGCCUCCACCCCCAGCACCGACGGCAAGGACAAGGAGAAGGUGCCCAUCCCACCCGCCGACGCCUCCAAGGUAUCCGGCGGUCCGCCGCCGCCCGCCCCGCCACCGGCCAAGAAGGCGCCCAACAUGUACGUGACGUCGGACGGCGAGUCGAGCGCGUCGCCGACUGAGGACUGGGAGGCGCUGUACAGCAGCGACGACAUGUCGCGCAAGCCGCGGAUGGCGGCGCCGCCGCCGCCCAACGCGGCGACGGUGAGCAGGUACCGCGACGACACCGAGGACGAGAACGAGCCGGACCCGUGGAACGCCAUCGCCGUGGUGGGGCUGCGCGUCUACUCCAAGGACGAGGACCUCGAGCUGCGCGUCGUCAUCGAGGGCGGCGAGCUCGAGGAGGGCGGCAUGGGCGAGAAGGGCGGCGUCGACCUGGAUAAUGCCCAGGCCAACGCCGGCGGCGCCCGGACGGCGCGCGUCGAGAAGAAGGAGGGCGAGGCGCAGGACGACGACGCCGAGGCGUACGAGGGCGAUAGCGAGGUGGAGAGGAAGAAGGGCCGGGCGAAGAAGGGGAAGAAGGACGGGGAGAAGAGCGAUACCGAGGUGGAGAAUAAGGAGAAGAAGGAGAAGGAAAAGCAGCAAGACCAAGAGGAGGAGAAAGACAAGACGGAUGACGGGCUGGCGCCGUAUCCAGUGAUUGUCCAGAAGGGCAAGGGCGACGAGGAGUACGAGACGGCCGUGGAGUCCAUGCUGGACUAGCCGCGCGUGAUGAGAUUUGACGACAGCAUGCGGAUACCCUACAACUAAUGCACUAGAAUGCGAGACAUAGAGGAGAGCGGGACAGCGUUGGGUUGGAGUUUGGAUUGGAAACAAGGUCAUUGGGUUCUUGGUUACCUGUUUCUCGCCACUUAUUUUGG